GGAACCGAAGGAGGCCAGAGGCUGGGCGCUUGGGCCACGCGCCGCAGGAGAGCCAGCCAGACUCUCUCCUCCUCCUCCUCCCUCGGCCGCCCAAGGGAAGCUGAAGCCCGGCUCCGGGAGGAUGGGGCUCCGCUCCCUGCUCUUCCUGGCAGCCGCGCUGCUCGGGCCCCUCAGGACGGCUCUCCAGGAGCAAGCUGCUAAGGAAGAAAUUAUUCAAACAGGAAUAUCAAAAAGCAAAUUAAAGCACUAUGUUCUAGCAAUCCCAGUCAGCACCAGUGCAGAUGGAAGUUAUAUCUCCAAUAUUGUUUCUGCAAGCCAUUCAAGGAGAUCCACAAGGGAUGUCUCUCCAAGCCCCAAGCAACUGUACUUUAAUGUGUCUGCUUUUGGAAAGGAAUUCCACCUCAGACUCAGGCCUAACACACAUUUAAUAGCUCCUGGAGCAGUGGUGGAGUGGUAUGAAGAUACUGUCAAAAUGAAAAAUGGAACUGAUGGUCAGACAGAGACUAUCACAGACAGGAUAUGGAAAAAGGAAUUGCUGCAAACCAACUGUGCAUAUGUUGGAGACCUUGUAGAUAUACCAGGAGCUUCUGUCGCUGUUAGCAACUGUGAUGGCCUGGCCGGAAUGAUAAAAGCAGGUGAAGAUGAAUAUUUCAUUGAGCCAUUGGAGAAAGGGAAACAAAUGGAUGAAGAAAACGGAAGGCUUCACAUGGUUUAUAGGAGGUCAGCAAUUGCCAAGGAACCAACGGAUGUGCUCCCUGACUUCCAAAGUACAGAAUCUGACCUUCAAGGCCUGAGCAGUCUGGACUCCACUUACACCAGCAUAGAGCAACAACUGAAUGAGACGUUGAGACAGCGCAGACAUGCUGGAGACAAUGACUAUAAUAUCGAAGUGCUUCUGGGGGUGGAUGACUCUGUGGUCCGAUUCCAUGGCAAAGAACAUGUGCAGAACUACCUCCUCACUUUAAUGAAUAUAGUGAAUGAAAUUUACCAUGAUGAAUCCCUAGGGGUCCAUAUAAAUGUAGUACUGGUUCGCAUGAUGAUGUUGGGCUAUGCCAAGUCAAUCAGCCUCAUCGAACGGGGAAAUCCAUCAAGGAGCCUGGAAAAUGUAUGCCGUUGGGCGUAUCAGCAACAAAGAACAGACCCAAGUCAUUCAGAGCACCAUGAUCAUGCCAUAUUUCUAACCAGACAGGAUUUUGGACCAGCUGGAAUGCAAGGAUAUGCUCCAGUAACAGGCAUGUGUCAUCCUGUCAGAAGCUGCACUCUUAACCAUGAAGAUGGGUUUUCUUCAGCAUUUGUGGUUGCCCAUGAAACUGGCCAUGUGUUGGGAAUGGAACAUGAUGGUCAAGGGAACAGGUGUGGGGACGAGACAGCAAUGGGGAGUGUGAUGGCUCCAUUGGUGCAAGCUGCUUUUCACCGUUAUCACUGGUCCCGAUGCAGUGGCCAGGAACUCAAAAGAUACAUACACUCCUAUGACUGCCUCCUUGAUGAUCCCUUUGAACAUGACUGGCCCAAACUUCCUGAGCUGCCAGGAAUAAAUUAUUCGAUGGAUGAACAGUGUCGUUUCGAUUUUGGUGUGGGCUACAAAAUGUGCACGGCGUUUCGAACCUUUGACCCAUGUAAACAGUUGUGGUGCAGCCAUCCAGACAAUCCCUACUUCUGCAAGACAAAGAAGGGGCCUCCACUUGAUGGGACAGAAUGUGCCCCUAGUAAAUGGUGCUAUAAAGGUCACUGCAUGUGGAAGAAUACCAACCAGCUGAAGCAAGAUGGCAACUGGGGAGCAUGGACGAAAUUUGGCUCCUGCUCCAGAACAUGUGGAACUGGUGUUCGCUUCCGGACAAGGCAGUGCAACAAUCCCAUGCCUGUUAAUGGAGGUCAAGAUUGUGCCGGUGUCAACUUUGAGUACCAGCUAUGCAACAUGGAAGAGUGUCCAAAGCAUUAUGAAGACUUCCGAGCCCAGCAGUGUCAACAACGCAACUCACAUUUUGAAUAUCAGAACAGUAAACACCACUGGCUGCCAUAUGAGCAUCCUGAUGCCACCAAGAGGUGCCAGCUUUAUUGCCAAUCCAGAGAGACAGGAGAUGUUGCUUAUAUGAAACAACUUGCCCACGAUGGAACACGCUGCUCAUACAAAGACCCAUUCAGCAUUUGUGUGCGUGGAGAGUGUGUGAAAGUGGGCUGUGACAAAGAAAUUGGGUCCAACAAAGCUGAAGACAAGUGUGGAGUGUGUGGGGGAGAUAACUCGCACUGCCGAACAGUAAAAGGAACCUUCACUCGAACCCCUAAGAAGCCUGGGUACCUUAAGAUGUUUGACAUCCCACCGGGUGCUAGACAUGUGAGCGUCCAAGAAGACGAGGCUUCCCCUCACAUUCUUGCCAUUAAGAACCAAGCAACAGGUCACUAUAUUCUGAAUGGUAAAGGAGAGGGGUCCAGCUCUCGUUCCUUCAUUGAUCUGGGCUUAGAAUGGGAAUACCACAUAGAAGAUGACAUAGAGACACUUCAGACUGAUGGACCAUUGUAUGAUGCUGUUGUUGUGUUGAUCAUUCCUCAGGACAAUGACACUCAGUCUAGUCUGACUUACAAAUACAUCAUCCAUGAGGAUUCUGUACCCAAUGUCAAUAGCAACAAUGUCCUUCAAGAGGACCUUGAUACAUUUGAGUGGGCUUUGAAAAGUUGGUCACAGUGUUCCAAGCCAUGUGGAGGAGGUUUUCAGUACACCAAAUACGGAUGCCGCAGGAAGAGCGAUAGCAAAAUGGUUCACCGUGGCUUCUGUGAAGCCAGCAAAAAACCGAAGCCUAUUCGCAGGAUGUGCAAUCUUCAAGAAUGCACACAGCCCUUCUGGGUUACGGAGGAAUGGGAGCACUGCACCAAAACCUGUGGGACUGCUGGUUAUCAAAUCCGAACAGUCCGUUGCAUUCAGCCGCUUCACGAUAGUGCAAACCGCUCUGUGCAUUUUAAAUACUGCAGUGGGGAUAGACCUGAGAGUCGUAGGCCUUGUAACAGAACUCCAUGUCCUGCUCAGUGGAAGACAUGGCCGUGGAGUCCAUGUUCUGUGACCUGCGGUGAAGGAACAGAGUCCAGGCAGGUCUUAUGCCGUACUGGUAACCAAUGUGAUGGAGAAAAGCCAGAGUCUGUGAGAGUGUGCAAGCUUCCCCCGUGUAAUGAUGAACCUUGCCAAGGAGAUAAAUCCAUCUUCUGCCAGAUGGAGGUGCUUGCCCGGUACUGUUCAAUCCCAGGCUACAAAAAGCUGUGCUGUGAGUCUUGCAGCAAACGUAGUAGCACCCUGCCACCUCCUUUCCUGAGUGAAGCCGCAGAAACUGAAGAGGAAAUCAUAGUUACCCAUGGUGACCCACCUAAGACUUUGGUUGGUCCAACAUCUUUACUCUCACCUCAGUCUGAGGGUCCAGGUUCUUUGGGCAGGAUGUCCUUGGCAGAAGACACCCAUGCACUUGUUCCUCAGACCCACAGCAGGUCCAGAGUCAUCAGUCCACUGCAGCGAAGAGUGAAGAACCAAGCAAGAAACACGACUUCUGGAUCAGUGGCAAUGCCAUACCAGCCACCAACCAAAAGUGGCCAUCUCCUUACCCACAGUUCUUCAACCUCAUUAGAUAGCAGUCCAACCAUAGUGGAAAAUAACAGCUCAGCUGAUGUUCAUUCUCCACACAGAACCUCAAGGAGAAAUGAGAAGCAAACUGACAGGUGGCAGCUUCCAAGGGUUUCAACUGUGGAAAGAUGAAACUUAGAGUGGGGAAAGAGAGGGUUAAUGAAAGUGGAGGUCGUCUUGUUGUUUCGUUCCCAGUAUCAUGGUGCAUGCAAAAUUUCCAAGUGCAGGACUCUCAACAUCAGUAACUGAAAUGGAGAGUGGGGGAAAGUGCAGGUUCACUUUGCAGUCAAAUCCAUCCUUCCUCUCUUUUUCUUUUCUUUCUUCCCCUCCCUCAGUAUCUGGUUACCUGCAUAUUUCAAAGGGAAACUCCAAAAUGACACAAGAAAGCAGGUAGUUGGGUGGGCUGGCCCUUUCCUGCCAACCAGAAAUCUAUGUUGUACAUCAGCUGCUUUAAAAAAAACCCAAAAGAUAUAUUAUUAAUUAACUAAACAUAAAGAAAAAUAAAAGGAAUGUUGUUUGAGGGGGUAGAGAAUGGGGAAAGGCAACCAAUCAGAGGAACCAAACUUUUACAUUUCUGCAAAAUAUUUUUUACCAUGGAACAACAAAUUGUAUUGCUAAUUUAUAUCUAUAAAAUGAUUAAUAGUACGAUUCAAAGUUGCAGCUGCCGUGUACAUAGUGUAUAUUAGCAACAGAGGAAGGGAAAGAAAAGCAGUAUUAUUUUUCAGAAUUUUGUGUUCUUCAGCCAUUCGUGUAUGAAUUUUACAUUUCAGGGUCAUGUUUGGGUGCCUACCAUACAAGUUCUGCCUUAUUCACAUUCCAUGAGCAUGCUUGUCAACUGAGAUCCAAAGAGCUCAAUCCACAAAUUCAGCUGUUUCCAUAUAUGUGGUUAAACAGCUUCAGGACAUUUCUUGGGAGAUUUCCAGAUUUCUUUGUGCUGUAACAGAGCAGCUCUUGAGUGGCUUUCCAUGAGCAUGGAUUCCUUCGUAGGAAAGAAAGGAGUUAACUCUGAAAGUCUGAAUUCUUUGCUUCUAGUUUUGGUGCAGAGCUAUCAGAAGGCUGAUGGUGGAGUGAAAGGUCUGCCUAUAGCUCUUUGGAUCCCAGCUUGUAGCAUUACUGUGAGAGAUAAUCUCCCAUUUGUCUGUCACUUCAGAGAGCAGUUGGAUUAUUAUCACAGUCCUGUAACACAUAGCUUGGGGAAUGGUAAGGUACAAAAUGUAUGUGUUUUCAGGUGAUUCAUUUGUGCCACUUUAGGGGGAUAUAGGUUGGGUAGUGGAAAUGUACUACGCCAUAAACCAAAACUGAUUCUCUGUGCCUCCAGACAGAACAAAGAAAGAAAAGGAAGCUCCAAGCUAAAACCCCAGCCUAUAGUUAAGGGGGCUUUAUUGAGGCCUGGCAUCACAGUGCCUUCUUUCUUUUCCCUGCCCCACUGGAAAUCCACAGAACCCACUGCACAUGGGAGGUGUGCACAAACCAUAGUCCAAGUUGCACACUGAAUUCCAAAACUUGCCUAUACAACCAGCAUUGCAAACAUGCACCAUUUAUAGUGCUGGCAUCUGUAUAGUGAGUCAGGAGCGAUUCCCAUUCUGAAUCUCUCCUGCACCACAUUGCACCUCUUUACAUACAAGUGAGUUCUAUCAUGGGGCAGCCCUACCCACUGCUGUACUAGGUGAGCUGCAGCUUAACAACAGAGCCUAAGAAGAAGAAAUUAAUGUAACGGCUGAGAAAGGUCUGUAUGGGCACAUCCCCAUUGAGAUUAAUGGUAGCUGCACAAAAAUCUUGCCCCUGCCAUUAGGCAUAGUGAGCAAAGAGCCUCCAGCAGGGGAUCCUGGUAGGCAGCAGCAGUAGUAGCUCCUAGCUAUUACUCCUGAACCCACCAUUUUCUUCUUUUCAGGGGUAUAUGUGUGCAUCAAAUGGUCUGUACUAAAGCUACCUAAAUUAGUUUGCUGCUAUCACCUGUGAUAAUGGCAUUGUCCUAUUGCCAGUUUUGAAGGGUCAGUUGCUGAUCCAGUUGAGUUCAGCAGAUAAAUUGAUAGGAGGCACUAUGCCUUUUGCCUGAGGCUGCGAAAAAUCUUUGGCAUAACACACUGACAUAGCACAUGGUUCUGUAGAGCACAGAAUAAACCAGCACUAUUGAAGCUAAGCAAUACCAAGUGUGGCCAGUAUCUUCAUGGAAGGACUGCUUAAGGAGCCUGUGAACUGCUGCCUUUGAUUCCAUAAAAGAAAGGUGGAAUGUAGCAGUAAAACCAAGAAGUGCUUUACAUACACAAGGUGCCAGACUCUAGCCUUGACAUUUGUAAUAGUAGAAUUGGAAAACAUAUUUGCAAGAGGCCUGUUAUUAGGGGCUACUGAUAUGGAAAGACUACUGGUCUGACUGAAUAUAAGGCAGCAGCAUAUGCUCACAGAAGAAGGAUCAAGAUUUGCAUGUGAGCACAUCAGUGUACACGUACCACUCCUUUUCCCCAAAAAAGAAAGUGUUAGGCUCAUGAGAAGCAUCAGCCAUAUUUUUCUUUGGGUGCUACAGUCAAAAUAUGGUAGUGCUUGAAGGCAAUGUUGCAGUUUUAUUAUUAUUCUUUCUAUUAAAUAGCCUGUUAGACAUUUGUCAAGCCAAAAAGCAUCUCCAAAUGAGAACAGGCAUGAAUGAUGAGACACAGAUAUGGUAUUUUCAGAUGAGGCUGAACAUGAACAUAUACAUUCAUGGAUAUCAAGGUGGGGUCAGACACUGUCUUGCUACCCAUACCACCACAUUUAUCUGUGAUAAAUUUGGAUCGCUAUGGAACACACCAUUCCUGUGAGGCAGAUGUACUCUUCUCUCCUGGGUUUUGCUGUAAAGUACUUGUAUAUAGGAAUGAAAAGUAAAGCUA